GUGUUGCACCCGCGCAUGCUUCUUCAGCAAUAACAACACCUCAGAAUCCUAAAUCCCUUGGACAUGUUCGGGGCAUUGAAUCGGUUCAUUGGCCGACUUGACGCGGAUCCGGGCCCUAGACAAACCGAACAUGGCGCCCAGGACUCGUCCUAUGGAUUCCAGGUCCUUCGAAACACGAACAAGGAACUUCCUCUGGAGCCCUGGUUUGAUUUUAUUAUUGGGAUUAAUGGGCAUUAUAUAGAAUCACCCGAUCCAGCCUUAUUUGCGACCGAGAUUCGAAACUGCGCAGGUGGAUAUGCUUCGUUGGAUUUGUGGAGCGCGAAGGGUCAACGAACACAUUCUUUGACGAUUCCCGUUCCUGCGAAUCAAGAUGGACUAGGCUUGAGUCUUCAGCUGGUGCCACUCAACGUUACCCAGAAUAUCUGGCAUGUCCUUACGAUACCUUCUCCCCUUUCGCCUGCACAUCAGGCCGGUCUUCUUCCGCACAGUGACUAUAUCCUGGGUUCUCCCAGUGGAAUUCUUAGGGGGGAGAGUGCCUUGGGUGAAUUAGUUGAAGAUCACUUAAAUCGCAGCUUAGUGCUGUGGGUUUAUAAUUCAGAAUUUGAUGUGGUGAGAGAAGUGGAAUUGAUUCCGAGAAGAGGUUGGGGAGGUGAAGGAGCACUAGGAGCUGUGCUGGGAUUUGGUGCUCUUCAUCGACUCCCUGUCGGUCUCGGUGAAGAGGUACAAGGUCCAGGAGAGAAUCUUUUCGAUGCCGACAACAAGGGCUUCGAAACCGACCAGGGAGCCAGUACGAAUGCUUUCUCCCCCGCGCCUACACAAAGUCUACAACCACCACCAAUGUUGAACCCCAACAUUGCUCCUCCACCGAUGAUAAAUCCCAAUGCGACACCUGCCACAGCUCCCCCACCCAAGGGCGGUCGUAAAUCCCGACAUCAUGGUGGUUUGUCUCCCAACAGCGGAUUUGAUGAUAUUUUUGCCGAAGGAGCAAAGAAAAGUGCCGAGCAAGACCAUCCUUCGUCCAGAAAGGGAUCACCUUUACCUCCACCGCCCAAGACCGGUUCAGCAGGUGUGACACCGCAGUCGGGCACCCAGGAAAAGUCGGAUCCACUUGCACAAGCAGGCGAGGAUCUGGGGGAGCCUGGAGAAGCCGAAGAGAGUUGAGAUUUGUGACUCCAAGCAUGGUCGCUAACCAAAGCACCUAUUCACAACACUUGUACCAAUUCCUGCACGGUGUUGCCUUUGUCACCUCACGCGGUGGUGGCUGCCGUCUCAUCCUGCCACCAGGACAUGAAUUCCAGAAUUCGAUCGGUACGCUCUUCAGCAAGAAGUCUACCGGUUUCGGUCUUCAUCAUAUCUCGCAGCUUGAUUAAUUUGUCUUCAAAAUGGGCAAUGGAAUCUUGCAUGUCGGGUAUCUUUUUGGCACCGCUAAAGGUGAAACAUCGGCCAAUGCCAAUGGCGCCAAUGGCAUCUAAACGAUCAGCGUCCUGAACGAUGGCGAGUUCUGGAAUGAGUUGGAUGGCUCGAAUGACCUUUUCUGGGUCUUUGACUUCUGAUGAGUAUGAGACGCCAUGGACGAGCUGCAGCAUCAGGUCUGCGUAGUCAUCUGUGAGACCGACCUUGUUUAGAAUCUGCUUGGUGGGUGAUGUGGUGUCGUCGGCGCUUCGAUACUUCUCAUCCUCGACAUCAUGGAGCAAAGCUCCCAAGAUGACGCUUAGAGGAUUCAGCGCGGGCAGACACGAUCGUUUCUGUAGCUCCUCCUCCUUGUCGAGAAUGGUCAGAGAAUUGGCCACAACGCGUUUGAUGUGAUUGAAGUCAUGGGACGCGUCGAAUUGAGGAUUAGAGAAGAAAUCUUCAGUGAAGUCAUAGACUUUUUUAACAAUGAUGAUCUCUUGCUCGGAGAGACUGGGAUAAUCAGCUGGAUGGGCGAAUUUGGGUGAUGGAGCCAUGGUGAUUGGUCGGGAUGACCCCAGCGACUGCUUGCUUAUUAUUCACAAGCAACUUUAAUGCCC